AUGUCGUUUCGCAAACGCAACAUAGGCUUGUCAGGAGGUGCCGAUCGCUCAUCCAUCCCCAGCGCCUCUGCGCAGGUACCGCAAGCCACCGCUACUAUAGAAUUCAAUCCCGGCAUCCGCCCCUCCCCGGACGAUGGGCGACCAACUACUUCAACAGGCACACGAUCGCUUGAUAAUCUUCUGGCCGGGCAUGGGGGUCUUUCUAUCGGGAAAACUCUCUUGAUUGAAGAGAAUGGGACCACAGAUUUUGCGGGCGCAUUACUACGAUACUAUGCCGCAGAAGGCGUCGUGCAAGAUCAAACGGUUCAUGUGGUUGGAAUGCCUGAACAAUGGGGCAGAAGUUUGCCAGGCUUGAUCGGUCCCGCGGAUGCUGUCGAUGAUAAGUCUGAGAAGAGGAAGGGUGAGCGUAUGAAGAUCGCCUGGCGAUAUGAGCGUUUGGGGGAGUUCGGCGCAGGGGUCGCUGGUUCAAGAGCCCCCGUUGUUUCCGGCGAACAGAGUCCAACGUCUGCGGAUGCGAACAAGCAAGAAGCGUUCUGCCACGCCUUUGAUCUAACGAAGCGUCUGGUACAUCCUUCCAUAUCAAAAAUAACUUACAUACCCAUCACUCUCUCCAACGAACCUUUAUUCAUUUCGAUCUACAAGCGGCUCCAGGCAGCGAUCGCUUCGAGUCCCCCAAACACAGUUCAUCGCAUUGUCAUCCCAUCCUUGCUGAACCCUACAAUAUAUCCGCCCGAUGCCAGCCAGCCAGAUAGCGUCCUCCCAUUUCUCCACUCGCUGCGGGCCUUAAUGAGCUCCCAAACUCACCGUAUCACGGCAAUGAUCACGGUUCCUCUGUCUCUUUUCCCACGGUCUUCGGGGCUUGUGCGGUGGAUGGAGGUUCUCAGCGAUGGCGUCAUCGAGCUUUGUCCUUUUCCACAUUCAGCUGACGCCCUCACAACAUCCGGAGCCACCACAUCUCAGGAAGAACCGCCGCAAGGCAUGCUCAAGACUCAUAAGCUACCGGUGCUGCAUGAGCGUGGUGGCGGAAGCGAUCAAAACGUCGGACAGGACUGGGCUUUUACCCUCAGCAGGAGGAGAUUCGAGAUCAAACCCUUCAGCUUACCACCAGCGGAGGGCGAUAAAGAGGCGCAAGACGCCGCGAUCCCCGGAGGAAUGCCGAAGAAAGCAGAUCUUGAAUUCUAG